UAUCAGCUGAUUCUGUGAAUAACGACAAUGCUUGCACUUUUUUGUUUGGAAACAUCAAAUCGUAACAUUGAGUCUUUGUGGUUUAAAUUAAUGUUAAGAUUGCAAUAAUGAGUGCAGUUGAAUUAUUACAAAAGGCUGUGAGACUAGAUACAAGCGGCCGUAUGUUGGAGGCGUUAAAAUUGUAUCAGUCAGGUAUCGACGAGCUGUUAAAGAUUUGCAAAAUUGAAGAAGAUGCAGCUAAGAAAUUACGCUAUCAGGAUAAACUCAAAGAAUACAUGACACGAGCUGAACAAAUCAAGGAGUUGUACAAAUCUCAAAUUUCAAAGGGUCAAAUCGUGGACAAACGACAUAUCAUUGAAAAUUCAACGGGAAAUAGUUACGAAUCCGUUUUCGGAAAAUAUCUAAAAGACGAUGUCACAGAAAUUUCACUCGACGAACCGUACAUUCGAGAGCAUUAUCAAUUGGUCAAUUUAGUUAAGUUCUGUGAACUCGUCGUCCUGAAAUGUCGAAAUCUUAGAUAUAUUCACGUUACAACUUCCAAGGACGCUAGAGAUAAUUCGGACCAAACGAAGGCCUUCGCAUCAUUAGUUAAAAGUUUAAAGAGUCGAGCCAUUACCAUGAACAUCGAAUUUUCGGACCACAUUCAUGAUCGUCAAAUCAUACUAAACAACGGAUACGUCAUCAAAAUUGGCCGCGGAUUAAAUUAUUUCAAACCGACUGCAUCUCGUUUCGAGUUGGGAUGCUUUGACUAUGAAAUGCGUGAAUGUAAAGAGACUAAUGUUGAUGUGUUUUUUUGUCCCGAGAAUAAAAAUUGAAAAUCAACCGACUUUU